CUGGCCUAUGACGUCACGCAACUAAAGUACAGAAGAUGUCUCUGAAUUAAAAACAUUGGAUGAGCACAUAGAAUAACGUUACGUCAGCGGCGGUUCUCACAUUUCCCAGCCUUUAACCACAUCUAGUUAAUUGCGUAUGUUGCUAAUUUUAUGUCUAGAAUAUUUCGUUUAGCCUAAAAUGCCAUUACGCCAGCUAUAGUGGGAGCUACUAAUUAGCUUCAGCCACCUGGGACAGUCCUUGGACGCCAAGGCCACGGUCGACGAAACACAGCCGAAUUAAAAGCCUACGGCAGGCACUUUGGGCAGCUGAAUUGAUGAUACGGACCUUUUCGGGGACCAACUUAAUACUGGCUUCAACAUGACCUUGCAGGAGCAUGCCAAAGAAAAAGAAAGCCAACAUUCCACGGAGCUUGGCGUUCACCUCAGGCAUGGCCCUGAAUUGCGUUCAGCCGACACCCGAUGGCAGAACGCGCCUCAAUCUCAGUUUCAAAGAGUUGGACGCCGUGCCACCAAGCAUCCAGAAGCUGAGUCGAGUCGACGAAUUGAUCCUGAGCAGGAACCUCAUCGUGAGCCUCCCCGACUUCAUUCAUGAUUUCAACAACAUCCAAGUUUUGGACCUGCAUAGCAACUAUCUGGAGCAGAUCCCUCCGACCAUCGGCCUCCUAAAGAACCUGGUCGUUCUAAAUUUAUGCAACAACCGUCUAACGCAAGUCCCCAAGCAGCUGGGUCUGCUCCAGAACCUCCAGAUGCUGUACUUGGGACUCAACCGGCUUCAAAUGCUCCCCACAGCCAUCGGUAACUUGAAGGAGCUCAUCUAUAUCGGCCUGUCUGAUAACAGAUUUUCUUCAGUGCCUAAGUGCCUCGCAAAUCUCCAAAAGCUAGAAAAAGUUAACCUGGACAGAAAUCCCUUUCCUCCGCCCCCGGACGAGAAGAAAGUUGAAAUCCCAAGAAAGUUUUUCCUGGCUCAUGCGCGCGACCUCUGUAAAGACUGCCGUAAAAAUUGCAAACUAGAUAGAUACAAGAUGGAGGAAACAACACAAAUGUAGGAAGCCACGGCAGGGCUUGUGCCACGAGUGGAGACGAUUUAAAUCCAAGUUCAAUAAAAUUUGGACCCAAACAAAUGUU